UCUGACUCCAGUGACUUCCCGUUCGCCAGUCUCCGCCCUCACGUAUAUAAGGCGGCUGCGCACCCACCAUAGCUCUUCUCCCACGUUAACCAGAGCAACCGCUUGCUGCUACCGGAGCCUUAUUGUCAAGAAUCAUGGCCGAGCUGAAGGAGCGCACCUUCAUUGCCAUCAAGCCCGAUGGUGUACAGAGGGGCAUCAUUGGAGAGAUCAUCAAGAGGUUUGAAGUGAAGGGCUUCAAACUCGUGGGCAUGAAGAUGCUCCAUGCCUCUGAGGACCUCCUGAAGCAGCACUAUGUCGACCUGAAGGAAAGACCAUUCUUUCCUACCCUCAUCAACUACAUGAGCUCUGGUCCAGUGGUUGCCAUGGUGUGGGAAGGCAAAGGUGUGGUGAAGACGGGCAGGGUGAUGCUGGGUGAGACCAACCCCGCGGAGUCCAAGCCUGGAACCAUCAGAGGAGACUUCUGCAUCGACGUUAGCAAGAACAUUAUCCAUGGCAGCGACUCAGUGGAGAGUGCCAACAAGGAGAUUUCCCUGUGGUUCAAACAAGAAGAGCUGGUCAGCUACACUAGCUGUGCCUUCAGCUGGCUCUACUGAGCUGCCCCUGGUUCUGCAGCAGUCCUCACGCAGUGAUUGGAGACCACUGAAACUUUUGCCUCAGAUUUUCUGUUUUCAUCUGUAGACUAGAGGAAGACGAACUGAUGUCCAGUUCUUAAUGUCUCGUGGUUACCUCAUCCCCUCCUGCCCUCAUCAUACUGUAUUGGGAUCCGGUCUCUUUGGAGGUCCAUGUCUAGUCCGUAUUCAUUCCUGAGGUCAUUCUCUUUAGAAACAUUCCACACCUUCCUUAAAAGUACAGUUAGUGACUUGACUGUUUUGUUUAAAGGUGAUCUGAUUUCCAAUAAAAUGCACACAAUACCAA